AGACAUUGGUUAGCAGUGGAAUCUAGAACGCGUGUUUUGUCUUAUUUGAGAUUCUUCAGCCAGAUGUACCUGUAUCUCAGAGUUGAUGUUGACUCUGGGACUGAUCAAUAGUAGUCCUAGACAACAAUGAAAAGAUUCAAGUAAACGAUAACAACUGAAUUUUAUUCUAUAGAUUCAUUAGGACUCAAGCAGUUUGUAAUUACCUUAUGUACAAAUGUUGAAGUAAAUAGUUAUUCAAAUCCAAUGAUCAUAGACCAACAAACAUCAAUUUCCUGUCCAUAUAGAACAACUUUACAUAUUUUUGAUGCAUAUUACAGUCAAGUAAUUGACAAAAAUUCACAAUGCUCAAACUCACCUGAGCAUAUUGAAAGAAAUCUAAAGUAUUUAGAUAGAUCAACUUCAAAGUUCAGUCUAAUAACUGAAUGCUAUGCUAAAUCAAUUGGACAGAUUGCAAAACGGUUGUGUGAUGGUACAAAUAGAUGUGAUUUAAUUCAUCAAUUAAAACAGAAGAAUAUCACAAAUUGUCCGUACCCAUCAGUUUUACAAGUAAAUUAUACAUGCUUCCCAGUCUAUUCUAAACAAGAAGUUAUUUGUGCAGAUUCUUAUGUUGAAUUAUCCUGUAAAGCGUUUUCUAUGGACAUGGGAUUAAUAGUAUUAGAAGCUGUACUUAACCAUAAUCUUUCAAUACAAUUAACUUCACCUUCCGAAACAAGUUUGCAAGGAUGUUUAAGAUCAAAUGCAAAUGAAAUUUCAUGUCCUUCAAUUGACUCGAUUUCAAUUAUUUCAAAUAAAUGUAAUGGGUAUUUAACAUGUACUGUUAGUCCAAAUCUAGUACUUGAAUCAUUACAUCUAAUUAAUUCAAGAAAGUCUACUCUUUUUAAACAAAUGUCAUGUACAAAAUCUUAUCUAUAUUUAAGAUAUACAUGUGUGCAUAAUGUAUUGUUGGAAAAUACUCUUCGUUCAGAGGAUUCAAAGAAUUCAAUCAAACUUAGAGAAAAACAGACUUUUAAACCAAGGAAGAGACUAAACAAGUCAAGUGGAAAUGGAAGGAUUAAUCAUAAAAUGAAUGAUAUGAAUGUUAUAUUAUUUAAUGAUAAUUUAAGUCUUUACUCUGGUCAAAUAGAUGUAUCAACUUCACAACUGAAUUCUGUGGAACCUAAACCAAGAAGUCCAAAUAUUGCAAUCAAUGAUGAACUAUUAAGUGUACUUAACGAAUUAUCUGUUUCUCCAAAGUCAAAACCAACUCAUAUUUAUCUUUCUGCUUUGUUACCUUCAGUACUGUGUAUAAUGGUCAGUUGUAUAUUUGCAAUAGGUAUAUUAUGUCAUAGAAAGCAAUUAUUCAAGAAAAAACUUAAAUCUAACUACAUUUCUAGAAUAUUGCAUAAUCCAACUUAUUGUGAUCAACAUUCCACGUAUAAUGUUACAAUUGAUGAUAACAAUCAUGAAACCGUUUGUCAAUCAGAUUUGCAAACAAAUCAUUCAUAUUUGAGUAAAUCUGUCAAGAAUUGUAUAUCUGAAUGGGAGAGUGGAAAAAAUUACACUCCUUAUUUACAAUCAUUACAACAAAUAAAUUGUUCAACUGGUCAUUCGACUCAAUAUUGUCCUAAUUGUAACAAUGAACAAAAAGAUGUAUCACAUUUAUUUCACUAUCAAAAUAUUUCAUAUGGUGAUAAUGAUAUUAUUAGUAAUAAUAAUAUUAUAAAUCAGUCAGUUAAGGCAAGUCCGAAUUCAAGUGGUCAGAUGCCUAGUACAGAGAACUCAUUUCCGUUGACUAAUUCUGAAAUGAUAAAUAAAACAGAGAAUUUGUCCCCAUCAUCAGUAAAAUGUCUAUCACAUGGAUUUGUCAACAAUUCAAUGAUGCAUUAUAAUCAGUGUUAUUCAUCCCAAUUUAACCAUACUACUGGUUUGAGUUAUGGUAAUUUUACAAAUGGUUCCAAUAAUAUUAUUAGUAAUAAUAAUGAUAAUAUUAAUAGCAAGCAAAUCAAUCAACAAACCAAUACUCUUAAAUCAAAUGAACAUGAGGACGAUACUAAACCAAAACAACUUCAUCCUCUAAAUGAUAGUUUAGUAAGUAAUACAAAAUUAUAUUUUUAUCAAGAUGAUGAACUGAUUCCUAAUAUUCAUGCAAAGUUAUAUGACGUUAAUAUUCAUGAAAAAGAAAAGGUCACUUCCGGUUCACAGGAAAAACCUGUAAAUGUGAAUAAAGGAGAUUUAUCGAUAAAUUCAUCAGAACAAAUAAAUUGUAAAAUUAAGCGUCGAUUAGCACCACCGUUAUUUAGUUCUGGAGAUGAUUUAUUACCAAAUUAUAUGAUGAAUACAAAAUCACCAGCUCACUUAAAAUACGGUAUAAUACCUGUGGUUCGAUAUCCUUACGAUUCGGAUGAUCAGUUAAACGAUUCAGAUUCUGAUGUAUCGAAGUAUCCUCAAGCUAAAGAUUCGUCGAAUUAUUUGAGAAAUUACGAAAAUAAACCUGACAUAUGUUUAAGUGUAAACAAUGAUAAUUCAAACCAAAAGUAUUCAAUUUCUACUUCACCAACAUUUAAUAUGCUAAAUCCUAAUAGGAGUCAAUUAUCUCGUACUGCAUCGGAUCAUAAAGUUCAAAAUCCAGUUAGCCCUUCAUUGAUCAGAAGUGUAACUUCACAAAUAACUAAUAAUUCAGCUAAUACAUUUGUAAAGAUAUCCUAACCAUUUACUAAAAAUAUUUGUACAAUACAACCAAUAAAUGUUUUAAGUAAUAAACAUAAUUCAGAGAAUCACAUAGAAUUUUCACCGAUAAAUAUUAAAAGCCGAUGUUUUAUUUAUGAUUCAAACAAAUUACCUACAGUUAGUGGUAAUGAUGAUCUUUCUAACAGUAUGUCCCAUUCCCUACAAUCAUAAAUUAUUGGAAACUUUGAAUAUAUCCUUGAAAAUAUAUACACACAUACACAUAAAAUAUUACUUGUCGAUGUUAAGUUCCCUUGUCAUUAGCUAUAAUAUCUAAUCAACCUAUUAACAGUUAUCAUUACUUUGUUGAUCAGUUGAAUUUUAAAAUUUAUGUAGGUUUUAAAGUAUAGAAUAUAUAUAUAUAUUCAUAUGCAAUAUACUUCAUUUGUGGAGACAUUCAACUGUAUAUAAUUUAGGAAGAAAGAUAAUAAAGCGAAUUGACAAGCCUACAUAAACUUAUGGUAACCAUUAAAUCAUUUCAAGAGUUGUGUACAAUGUGUUUUAGGAAAAAUCCAUUAACUUAAUAGAUAUAUGUGUCAGCACAUAUAUAUAUAUAUAUAUAUAUAUAUAUCGGUUUUCAAACAAACGUUAUAUAAAUUAAAGCAGAUCUUUCUUUGUAUUCUUUUCAUUUAUUUAUUUAUUUCUGUAUAAAUAACACAAAAUCUUCAAUCUUUUCUAUGUAUUUAGUUAUAAAUCAUCACUCUACCAUUUAGAAUAUUUCGAUUAUGCAUAAAAUAAAGUAAACGCAAUGAUAUGGUAGUUGGUAAGAGAAAAAUUGACUUUCUUCAAUGUGUUUCUCUAUUCAAAUCAACCACCUACCCUAACAACAACAAUAAUUAUAUAUGUGCUAUUUAGUUUUCUUACCAAAUCACAUAAUGUUGAUGAAUUUAAUUAUAAUUUAACUGAUAUUAUCAUUAAAGCUAGUUGUAUCCUUCAAUUUUUUAUUUUUUAGGGUUCGUUUAUUUAUUUCUUUUAAUUUUAUUUAUUAAUAAUGCAAAAAUAGGAAUGUGACCAUAUUAUGUUGCUAAACAAAUGGCCUUUUCCAUUUACCAGUGAUUUAUGUCAUAUAUAUAUAAUACCUCUAUUACAUAGCUAUAGCACAAAUCGG